UCUGCUGCUGCCGCCACUUGUUUGCGCUCGUCCUCGCUGUUAAACUCGCGAAUGGCAACUAGCGAACUCGCCCCGUAAAUUCUUCCAAAGCCAAACCCCCCGCCAUUUCUUCAAACCCUCAAAGCGCUUCUUCAACUCUCAAAUCCCUUCAAAACACAUCGAAUCCCCGACUUCUUUGUUUCCUCUGUUCCGAAACCCUAUCCUCCCGCUCUAGGGCUUAGGGUUCCGAACCAGCUAGGCCAUGCCGUCCCUUUCCUCCCCCGGCAGAAUCCUCCGACUCGAACUCGAGAACUUCAAGUCCUACAAAGGCCUCCAAACAAUUGGCCCCUUCUACAAUUUCACGGCCAUCAUUGGCCCCAAUGGCGCCGGCAAGUCCAACCUCAUGGACGCCAUCAGCUUCGUCCUCGGCGUCCGCACCGGCCAGCUCCGGGGCUCCCAGUUGAAGGACUUGAUCUACGCCUUCGACGACCGAGAGAAGGACCAGAAGGGAAGGAGGGCGUUCGUCAGGCUGGUCUACCAGUUAGGCAACGGGACUGAAAUUCAGUUCACACGCGCUAUCACGAGCUCCGGCGGGAGUGAGUACCGGAUUGACGGCAGGGUCGUGAAUUGGGACGAGUACAAUGCUAAGUUGAAGUCUCUGGGCAUUCUGGUCAAGGCUCGCAAUUUUCUAGUUUUUCAGGGUGAUGUGGAGUCAAUUGCAUCUAAAAAUCCCAAAGAACUUACUGCACUUCUUGAACAAAUCUCGGGAUCUGAAGAACUUAAGGGUGAUUAUGAGAGACUUGAAGAACAGAAAGGCAGAGCUGAAGAAAAAUCAGCACUUGUCUAUCAGAAGAAAAGGACAAUUGUGUUGGAGAGGAAGCAAAAGAAAGAACAGAAAGAAGAGGCUGAAAAACAUCUUCGCUUACAAGAGCAAUUGAAAGCUCUGAAGAAGGAACACUUUUUAUGGCAACUAUGGAAUAUAGAGAAGGACACUGAGAAGGCUAAUGAGGACGUGGACACUGAUAAGAGGAGCCGUGAAGAGCUUGUGCAGGAAGUAACAGAUUAUGAGCGAGAGGCGAGCAUAAAGAAGAAAGAACAGGCUAAAUAUUUAAAAGAAAUUGCACUGUGUGAAAAGAAGAUUGCUGAGAAAAAUAGCCGACUUGAUAAGAAUCAACCCGAGCUUGUAAAAUUAAAAGAGGAGAUGUCUCGCAUUGGCUCAAAAAUCAAAAGCAAUGAGAAGGAGCUUAAGAAAAAGAAAGAAGAAAGGAAGAGGCAUGCAGAUGAAAUAAAAAAGCUGCAGAAUGACUUGCAGGAUCUGACUAAACGAUUGGAAGAAGUACGUGAAAAGGCUCAAGAUGGUGGUGAAAAACUUCGGCUUGCAGACAGUCAAUUAGAGAUAUACCAUAGAAUAAAGGAGGAAGCUGGCAUGAAAACUGCUAAGCUAAGGGAUGAGAAAGAAGUUCAGGAUAGGCAACAGCAUGCAGAUAUUGAAGCUCAAAAGAAUUUGGAAGAAAAUCUGCAACAGCUUGAAAAUAGGAAGCAAGAAUUGGAGUUGCAAGAGGAACAGAUGCAAGCAAGACUAAAAAAGAUUGUCGAUUCUGUUGGAAAACACAAGGAAGAACUUUCUCGAGUUAGAAAGGAACAGCGAGAGAUGAAAGAAAAACUUGGAAAUUCAAGGCGCAAAUAUGAAAUGUUGAAGACUAAGAUUAGUGAAGUUGAAAAUCAACUACGUGAAUUGAAGGCUGACAGAUACGAAAAUGAGAGGGAUGCCAAGUUGUCUGAAGCAGUUGAGACUCUCAAGAGCUUGUUUCCAAGUGUCCAUGGUCGUAUGACUGAUCUUUGCAGACCAACUCAGAAGAAGUAUAACCUUGCUGUAACUGUGGCUAUGGGUAAAUUUAUGGAUGCAGUAGUGGUUGAGGAUGAACAUACAGGAAAGGAAUGCAUCAAGUAUCUGAAAGAGCGGCGGCUUCCUCCUCUGACAUUUAUACCUCUUCAGUCAGUCCGCAUAAAGCCAAUUAUUGAGAGAUUGCGCACCUUGCGUGGAACUGCAAAGCUGGUCUUUGAUGUUAUUCAGUUUGAUCCGGCUCUGGAGAGGGCCAUUAUGUUUGCUGUUGGGAAUACCUUAGUUUGUGAUGAUCUUAAUGAAGCUAAAACUCUGAGUUGGAGCGGAGAGCGGUUUAAAGUUGUGACUGUUGAUGGGACUUUGCUAACAAAGUCUGGUACAAUGACUGGUGGUACAAGCGGUGGAAUGGAAGCAAGGUCCCAUAAAUGGGAUGAUAAAAAAAUUGAAGGACUUAAAAAGAAGAAAGAGGGGUUUGAAUUAGAAUUGGAUGAGCUUGGGUCAAUUAGAGAGAUGCAGCUGAAAGAGUCUGAAGCAUCUGGAAAAAUUAGUGGACUUGAAAAGAAAAUUCAGUAUGCAGAAAUUGAGAAGCUUCUAUUAUUGAUGGAUCUUAUUGUACAAGUGGUUGACAAGAGAAUUUUGUUGCAGAAAAGUAUUGAGGAUAAACUUUUAAAAUUGAAGCAAGAAAGGGAUAACAUCAAAGAAGAAAUACAUCGGAUUAGUCCAGAGCUUCGUAAGUUAAAAAGUGUUAUCACUGAGAGGAGUUCUAAGAUCUCAUCACUAGAGAAGAGGAUCAAUGAGAUUGUUGAUCGGACCUACAAGAAAUUUAGUGAGUCUGUUGGGGUGAAGAAUAUUCGGGAGUAUGAAGAAAACCAGCUCAAGGCUGCUGAGGAGAUGAGUGAAGAAUUGCUUAGUUUGAGAAAUCAGCAUUCAAAGUUGAAGUACCAGUUGGAGUAUGAGCAAAAGCGGGACAUGGAUUCACGAAUUACGAAGUUGGAAUCUUCUCUCAAUGCUUUAAGAAAUGCCUUAAAGGAGAUUGAGUCUAAAGAGGAUGAACUUAAGUCAGCAAUGGGCAAAUCUACCGAUGACAUUGAUCGUUUGAAGGAGGAAGUAAAGGACUGGAAAUCCAAGUCAGAAGACUGUGAUAAGGAUAUACAGGAAUGGAAGAAGAAAAUUUCUAAUGCUACAACAAGCAUAAGCAAACUGAAUCGUCAAAUAAAGUCAAAGGAGACACAACUUGAGCUACUGAACUCAAAGAAGCAAGAGAUUUUCGAGAAGUGUGAGCUGGAGGGCAUAAUCCUUCCCAUUAUCUCUGACCCCAUGGAUACUGACUCCUCUACACCUGGCCCAGUUCUUGAUUUUAGUCAGCUAAGUAGAUCUCAUCUGCAGGAAAAGAGACCUUCUCACAGGGAGAAGCUUGAGGCUGAAUUUACACAAAAAAUUGGUUCCCUAAUAUCAGAAAUUGAAAGAACAACUCCAAAUCUUAAGGCCCUGGAUCAAUAUGAGGCUCUGUUGGAGAAGGAAAGAGCUGUAACAGAAGAGUUUGAAGAUGCCAGGAAAGAAGAGAAAGAAAUAGCUGACAACUAUAAUUCUGUGAAGCAAAGAAGGUAUGACUUGUUUAUGGAAGCUUUCAAUCAUAUUUCUGGUAAUAUUGACAAAAUCUACAAACAACUCACAAAGAGUAGCACACACCAGCUUGGUGGAACGGCAUAUUUGAAUUUGGACAAUGAGGAUGAACCAUUCUUACAUGGUAUCAAAUAUACAGCCAUGCCCCCAACAAAGCGCUUCCGUGAUAUGGAACAGCUAUCUGGUGGGGAGAAGACUGUUGCUGCUCUGGCAUUACUUUUCUCCAUACACAGUUAUAGGCCAUCGCCGUUCUUUAUAUUGGAUGAAGUUGAUGCUGCAUUAGACAAUUUGAAUGUCGCGAAGGUGGCUGGGUUCAUCCGAUCAAAGUCAUGCGAAGGAGCUCGAGGUAAUCAAGAGAUCGAGGGUGGAAUCGGGUUCCAGAGUAUUGUGAUAUCCCUCAAGGAUACCUUCUAUGACAAAGCAGAAGCUCUGGUCGGGGUGUACAGGGAUUCCGAGAGAAGUUGCUCGAGAACUCUAACAUUUGACUUGACCAAGUUCCGGGAAUCCUAACGGUUGGUUGCAGCAGCAGUAUCCUCCUGUAACUUUGGAUGAGAUGUGCUGUUUAAAUUGUAAUUACAAGGAGACUUGGGUUUUAAUUAGAUAGACUUUGUUUCAGCUCUAGAGCUUGUAAAAAAUCGUAGGUGAUGAUGAUGUAUUUAGUUUUGCUUGCAUUCACUACUAGCAUUGUUGGAACUGGGUUUGGAAGGCCAAAGCGGCUUAUUAGUAUAAUUGUUCGUUGCUUCUC